AUGCUUUUUGAAAAAUGUAUUCUCAUUGCCAUAAUUUCGCUUUUAUGUAUUGUCGUUGAAGCACAAUGGAAUACUAAAGAUUUCAUGAAAAGAGAGCAUUCUCUAGUGAAGCCCUAUUAUGGUUCCGGCCUUGAUAUUCCUUUCUGGCAAUUUACUGGGAAUACAAUAGUCACCCCUAACUAUAUUAGAUUGGUUGAUGAUACUCAAAGUAGAAGUGGGGCUAUCUGGAAUACAUUGCCAGUAUCAAGUCACAACUGGGAUUUGCAAGUCCAUUUCAAAGUUCAUGGAAAAGGAAAAGACUUGUUUGGAGAUGGUUUUGCAAUUUGGUAUGCCAAAAACCACUCAAUAGCUGGUCCUGUGUUUGGAAGUGUGGACUUCUUCCAAGGACUUGCUAUCAUCUUGGAUACUUACAGUAACCACAAUGGACCACACAAUCAUCAACAUCCCUAUAUCUCUGCUAUGAUAAAUAAUGGUUCUCUGUCCUAUGAUCAUGAUAGAGAUGGCACCCAUACCCAGUUAGCUGGUUGUGAGGCAAAGUUUCGUAAUUUGAAUUAUGAUACCCACAUAUCAAUCAGAUAUGAAAAGGAUACUCUGACAGUGUCCACUGAUAUUGAGAAUAAAGCAGCUUGGAAGGAAUGUUUCAAAGUUCAAGGUGUAAGACUUCCUACUGGUUAUCACAUUGGAAUAUCUGCUACUACUGGGGACCUCUCAGACAACCAUGACAUCAUGUCUGUGAGGUUGUUUGAAUUAGACCUUCCUGAAGAGAAUGAAGGUGCAGAAGACAGAUCACACAUAGUGCCAUCAGCAUCAUAUUUUGAAGCACCAAGGGACCAUGUAGAAGAUCCCAAGCCAUCUAACCUUUCAGGUAUCAAGAUAUUUUUGCUGAUGCUGCUGGGAAGUAUUGCCAUUGUGGCUUGCAUUGUAAUUGGCAUUAUGUUUUACCAGAAACAGCAAGAAAAAAGUAGAAAAAGAUUCUACUGA